UACAUUAUUUAUCAGUGGUUUCGUCAAGUAUCUACAUUCUUAUUUUAUUUAUGUCUCUUAUGAGUGUGUAGAAUAAUUCGUUAAUAUUUUGCAAUUUAUAUAAUAAAGUUUCGGUGACUUCGUAGUAAAUUCAAAUUUAUUUAUAAAUAAUGGCAGCCGUUGAGGAAGUCAGUAGGCUUAUGUUCCAACCACACCGAACGAACCAAACUAUUGACAUCAGGAAGACGAGAUUACCUUCACUGAGGCCUGAGGAAAAUGACUACAACCCCAGAGACCAUAGAUCACCCACACAUAAUAUUAAGCUGUGGAUGGCGUAUUUCAACUUGUUGCGGACGAUGUUUGCUGCCGGGAUGCUGGGCAUGCCACUUAUAAUCAGUAAGGCUGGAAUUAUCGCGGGGCCGAUCCUCACAAUACUCACCGGACUUCUGAUCAAUUAUGGACAUCAUUUACUGUUAGAAUGCCUGAACGAGAUAGCAAAGCAGCUGCAGAUACCAUACGUAUCGUAUCGAUAUGGUUUCCGUGUGGCUCUCCUACAUGGACCUCCUGCAUUCCACUUCUUGGGCAGACACGGUCCGACUAUAAUAGCCAUAUUUAUGGUUGUCAGUCAACUUGGGACUUGUUCAGUAUUCGUUAUAUUCACGAGCGACUGUUUGAGAGAUAUAAUGGACUGGCAGAGCAGUCAGCCGUCUCUCAUGUGCCUCCUGUUCCCAUAUUUUUUAUUAGAAUUUUUUAUGAAGGACUUGUCUAUUGUCAGUUACGUGGCCAUGCUGGGUAAUUUCCUGAAUGUGAUGGGAAUUAUAAUCGUGUUUGAGCAUAUUGUGACAGAUUAUGACGGGGAAGAUAAAGAGGUGGUGACGCAUACGAACCUGGGAUCUAUAAUGUUUUGUUUUGGUUCAUUGUUAUUCAAUUUGAGUGCAAUUGGAGUGACCCUGUCCAUAGACAAAAGUCUGAAGCAAGCGAAAAGAAUAACGAGCAGGUUCGGAGUACUGAACGUCGGUAUUCUUGGGCCGACCAUGUUCUCGGUGUUUUUCGGCACCCUGGGGUACGUGACCUUCGGUACCAUGGAUGAAAAUAUACUACGGUCCCUUCCUUAUGACGAAACAUCUUCGAUGGCUGCAAUUGGCUUUUACAUGAUUGCUGUCGCUUCCGCGUUUCCACUACAAUGCCAACCAGCCAUUCUGACCAUUAUCGAAGUGAUAAAGUACCACGACCAGUUGACUACUCCAUCGGACAUCACACUGCGCAUGAUUGACACUGUCGCUAGGCCAUUGUUUGUUGUUACGUCUUUUAUUAUUUGUUACAUCAUACCGUUUCAAGCGCCGUUUGUGGCAUUUGUGGGGAAUUUCUGCACAUCUGUAUUGGCGCUCAUAUGUCCCGCUCUCAUGGACAUAUGCAUCAGAUAUCCUAACUACUACGGCCGGAACAACUUCCAUCUUUACAAAGACCUAUUUAUAUUGCUUCUUGGUUUUACGUCAUUGAGUUUUGGUGCAUUUUUCAGCCUUUAUUUAAUACGUAUACGGUUGCUUUCAAAAUACUCGCCAAAUAACUACGGGUUUUAUUAA